AUGACUGAGUUUAUGAACUCCUUUUUCCAUCACCUGCGACACUUCACCAUUCCUGGCGCUUACCCCCUCGACAAGUCACGCAUGAGCAUAUGGUGGUGGCAGCAGGGACUUUCUCAGCCAGUGAUACAACUGACGCUACUUGUCUCGGCUGCAGGCCACCAGACGGCAAUGAACGCUCUUCACAAUACUUCGAGCUGGCAUUCACAACAAUCCAUCAAGGAAUACAUCCGCCUUCAGGGGACUACAUUACAGGUUCUCAAUGGCCUCCUUCAGAACCCAGCCACAGCUCAGUCGACUGUCCUCAUUGUCGCGUCCCUCAGGGCAGUAGAGGCGAUCGAAGGCAACGUUCAGGCUGCGGUGGCGCACACAAAAGGUCUGGAUAUCUUGAUCCGGCUCAGUGGUGGCCUUGAAGUGCUGGAGCACAUGGUCUUAUCUAAAAUCUAUCAUGGUGAUGUUAUCAGAGCGGCUUUGACAAACACGACCCCUGCCCUGCCCUUGUCAUCGAUCUGGCGUAACAAUGUAUUACAAGAGACGAAAGUAUUUCAUUCAUCCUGUGAUCUCACGAUGCAACUGGACGAGAAAUUCAAAGAGACCGCUUCUUGCUUGUCUCUUCUCGGCACUUCGUUCUUUUCAGCACCCUGGUAUCCAGGCCUGGAAGAUAGUAUGAAGAGAUUGCUUCAUAUGUGCCAACGUGCGAUUCAGUACUACGAGGUUGCAUGUUUGCAGCCCUCAAUAGUCAUGCGAACAGACAAUGACCUGUUCUUGCUGGUUGAGCACCAACUGAUGUCUGUUCGUUAUGCUCCAAGCGCUUCGGCUUCAUGUACGGUCUCAAGCCUUUUGAAUGAGCCCCUCCGCAUGACCCUCUUCAUUUACCUCAACAUGCGCGUGUGGAAUUUUCAAGUCUUCCCCGUCAUGCAAUCAAUGGUAAAUUCUUUACGACAAACCCUACUCUCUACCAUCCCAAUUCCCACCAUGACAAAAAUCAAACAAAUGGCCCCUGACGUCCUAUUUUGGAUCCUUUUUAUCGGGACGUUGGCAUCCCGGAGCCACGAAGGGCAUUCGUGGUUUGUUGCUCAACUGGUUGAAUUAACGUCAUUCCUGGGAAUUCAUGAUUGGAAGGUAGCUCGGGAAAUCCUGGGUGGCUUUUUUUACACGGACCAGUCUGACCAGGCAGCAAUUGAGGAGCUAUGGGGACAGGUGAUUCAGCUUGAAUAG